CCGCAGUCUCUUUGGAAACUUCUGCCGAGGGAAAAGAGCUAGGAAAGAGCCGCAAAGCCCUGUGGGCUUUUUCCUCUUUUGCUCCUUUGCUUACUCCCUUCUCGCUGCACCCUUCUCCGGACUUCACGCGAAUUUCGAAGAAGUGGUGGCAGAGGGGGAGAAAAAGGGGUGUUAGAGUUUGGGGUGUGGGGGGCCUUUUUCUUUUCUCUUCUUUUUUUUUUUUUUUUUUAUUUCACUAUUUCAACGUUUUCUGCCACCCUCUCGGCUGCAGUGAACGCCUCUUACCUGGUCCGCGGCAGCCUAGCGCCGCUGGCAGCUGAGGGUUAGAAAACAGCGGGGUGUCUUAGAUUUUAAGCAAAAUUUUUGAAGACAAACCCAUUUUUGCCCACCCCACCCCCGCCACUCCGUUCUCCACGGCCUCCGAGCUCAUUAUUUCGGUGGUUGCUUUGGGGUGAACAAUUUUGUGGCUUCCUCCUCUUGCAGCUCUGACCAGAUCCCUUGGGGAGGUUCUCCGCCCUCGGCUCACUCCGCGUGCACCUGGCGCGCCUCUUUUUUCCCCCAACCUGUUGCAAGUCUUUAAUCCUUGUAAUAGGGACUUGCUAGCAGGCACCUGAAUCCUCCUCUCCCUACAUUUUGCAGUUGUCUAGGGGAGGGCACCUGCUCUACCUGCCGGAGAUUUAAAAAGCAAAAAAAAAAAAAAAUCUCCAGGCGCCCUCUCGGCUCGUUUCUUCCCGCAUUCUCGCUCUCCUGCCCCGCCCCAAGGUAAACGGAGACUCGGAGAAGAUGGUGCUCACCACGGUCCUCCUGCUGCUGGCCGCCUAUGCGGGGCCGGCCCAGGGCCUGGGCUCCUUAGUGCACUGCGAGCCCUGCGACGAGAAAGCUCUCUCCAUGUGUCCCCCCAGCCCUCUGGGCUGCGAGCUGGUCAAGGAACCCGGCUGCGGCUGCUGCAUGACUUGCGCUCUGGCCGAGGGGCAGACUUGCGGCGUCUACACAGAGCGCUGCGCCCUGGGGUUGCGCUGCCUCCCUCGGCAGGGCGAGGAGAAGCCACUGCACGCCCUGCUGCACGGCCGCGGGGUUUGCCUCAACGAAAAGAACUACCGCGAGCAAGCCAAGAUCGAGAAAGACUCCAGUGAACAUGAGGAGCCGACUACCUCCGAGGUGACCGAAGAGACCUACGCCCCAAAGAUCUUCCGGCCCAAGCACACCCGCCUCUCCGAGCUGAAGGCUGAGGCCGUGAAGAAGGAUCGCAGGAAGAAGCUGACCCAGUCCAAGUUCGUGGGGGGAACCGAGAACACUGCCCACCCUCGGGUCACUUCCGCUUCUGAGAUGAGACAGGAAUCUGAGCAGGGCCCCUGCCGCAGACACGUGGAAGCUUCCCUGCAGGAGUUCAAAGCGAGCCCACGCAUGGUGCCCCGUGCCGUGUACCUGCCCAACUGUGACCGCAAAGGAUUCUACAAGAGAAAGCAGUGCAAGCCUUCCCGUGGCCGCAAACGUGGCAUCUGCUGGUGCGUGGACAAGUACGGGAUGAAGCUGCCAGGCAUGGAGUACGUCGACGGGGACUUUCAGUGCCACACCUUCGACAGCAGCAACGUUGAGUGACGCGUCCCCUCCCCCCGCCCCCCCACUCCCGCCCCAAUUCCAGCCAUCGCCUCCCUCCACCCCAGGACGCCACUCAUUUCAUCUCAUUUAAGGGAAAAUAUAUAUGACAUAUAUUUGAGGAAACUGAGGACCUCGGAAUCUCUAGCAAGGGCUCCACUUUGAAAAUGGCAGCAACAGAGGUGCAAGCAGAGAAGGAGACACCCCUCCUCCCCUUGAAAAUGGUUUUCUUUCUGAGGCAAGUUGGAUGAACAGAGAAGAGAAAAGAAGAUGAGCAGGAGGGAGGGAAGGGAAGAACGUGCAGAAGAAAGCGAACGAUGGGCAGGAUUACCAGACGGAAGGGAGGUGUGUGGGCCGAAGGACAGGGCAGGAACCAGGCCUGGGUCUGUCCCCGAAGUCCAGCCCCAGCUGAGGCUAGGGAGAGGUUGGGGCACUAGGUCCAACAGGGGGCGUUUCCAUGACACCCUUGAGUUUUCUUACUUUGGAUUGGUCAGGGGGAGAAAGGAAAAGAUACAAUGUGUCAGUGCCUCUCUCAUCUGUCUCUUCCUCUGGCCACAGGGUGGACAACUUGACCCCACCCCUCCUCUCCUCUUAUGCCAGUGGGGUGUCAUUUCUCCCCCAAAUUUAUAAAGACUAAAAUGCAUUCCAUUCCUCUGAAAAUAAGCCAAAUUCAUAAUCGAGUGAAAUUAGGCAGACUUUCCUAAGAAGACCCGUAAAUAUUAAACUUGUAUGCGUAGUGCGCUCCUCUGAGACGUGAACACACCCCACACUAGAAAGACUCAUCCUUCCAGUGAGCAGAAGCGUGACAUGUCAUUCAUCUCCCAACUAGCACAGCAGCCUUGUGGAGGAGGAUAGGCUGAAAAAACAAAAUAAAAAAAAAAAAAAAAAUUGGGCUUGUAUCUAUCUGCAAGCCUCCCUAUAUAGGCAUAUCAAUCUAUUUUCUUUUUGUCUUUUUUUUGCUUGCUUUCUUUCAAAAGUUUGCAUUACCUCUUCAAAGUAGUUCUACGGGGGCACUGAGAGCUUCCUCAUUCUGGGAAAACCACAUUCUCUGCUAUAACUCAACACAUGAGCUUUGCUGCCUCUAGUUGAGGCUUUCCCAGGAGCUGAGAACUCAGCCCUUUGCAGGCCCAGCACUGGAUUUUUAAUAAUGUCCCGUGUGUGUUCACACAGGGCCACCAAGCUGGGCUGCCGCCAGCACUCAGUGCUGUGUGCCCGCUCGACCCAGCUCAUCCCGUUUCAGAACAUAACUGCUGCUGGGCACUGCACCAGGCAAGCCCCGCAGGUCUAAUUUGACCACUGGUCCUGCCCCAGCCUGAUGGCUUUCAUCCGGACAGCUCCGCAAUUCUGCAGAGCAAGAGAGAGGCUGACAUGAGAGUUGGCAAAGAGGGAGAUGGUGGAAAAAUGGUUUCAAAAGAGGAAAGCAAUCAGUGGAGCAGCGGGCCGAGGGCUGGAGGAUCAGAAAAGCAACAGAGCGGAGGGGAAGCCAAGACAACUUUCUGUGGCUUCCCUCUACCACAGCCUUCUGGGGUUCAAGAGAAAGGAGAGAGGAAAAUGGGGGUACAGAAAGGAGCUCAGUCCAGGCCACAGGGCCAGGCAAGGGGAAUAAUUUUAGACGAGUUUUAGACUGGAGAAGCCAGCAAGAACAAGAACCAGUAGACUGGCCUCAAAGGGACAAGAGGAUGUGCUCACCUUCAGCCCACCAUGCGGCACCAAAGCCAAAGGGUCCUAAAGUUCAUUGCCUGUUCUGGCCAGUUCAUGCUUCCUCCCUGGGCUGGAGGAGGAAGACAGGCCCGGGAGGACCUGGGAACAGAAGCGUCAAGGGUGCUGUCAUUUGGCAGCAGGAGUCUGAUUGACUCCCUCUCUGUGCUGACUUCCUCAACCCAAGGGUGACCUUGGGACUGUCCUCUAAGAUUGAAGAUACCCUGCUGGGAAAGGGCACUCGGGCGCUAGGCAAGAAGACCCUUUGUUGCUGUGGAAACACUACUUUCCACUCUCUUGAUAGCAUGACUCGGUGGAGACCAACUCCAACACCAAACUUGAGGCACGAAGAGGGACAACAGAGUGACAAGAAUCAAGGAAUCAAAACGCCUUGCUAUGACAGCUGGGGACGCUCCCUGCUCCCCGGACAGGACAGCUGACCCGGCAUGGGAGAGUUGGUUGAUCUUCGUGAAACAAAAGGCCCGAUGGCAAUGAAGCAGGAGGACUUGCAGGAUCUGCAAGCCAGCGCGCUGCAGCUCUCUGCACAAGUGUCCCCAAGCCCCCAGCUCACACUUCUCUGUGUCCUAGGCCAGUAUUCUAAACCUUCCUCUGCCGUUCUUCUGUUGCAUCUUGAGCAGUCAGCUAACUGGGAGCUGCCAAAAAGAUACUGGGGUGCCAUCCCCCUAAGAAAAGCCUGAGCCAGGAACUGCCUCCCCCCACCCCUCCAGGCAUGGACCUGACCCCUGAAAGGGCUCUCUCUCUCUCCCUCACUGUUUACUGGACCUUGACCUGGCCUCAGCCCUCACCCGGGGCGUUUGCUGUCAGCCACAGGUGGAAGAUGGUGGUCUGGCUUCACCUGCUGCAGGACUCUUCAGGCUGCCCCAAGUUCCUGGCUACUAACCCACACUCUCCACGCUUGCGGAAGGUGGGCGUGGGCAGCUGACCUCUCCUAGAGAAAGCUGGACCUUUGUGGAUGGAUGGGACUAAACCUCCCAAAUGAGAGGUCUGAUUGAGCCCACGGUGGGGAGAUGAUUGGGAGGGGCAAGAAGCCACCGUCCCCCCAGCAGCAGGCAGAAAAGUGGGCUUGCAAUGGGGUGAGCAGCAGGCACGCUGGCUCCAGCCGGGCCUUCAGCUCCCCUAGAGGCCUCAGAGGCGGGGGCAUCUAUGGCUGUACCUGCCCCCGCCCCUCCCCUCAGGAGGCCUCCCCUCACUCCUUUGACUCAUCCCUCAUUCUGCAGUAGAAAAGAUACCUCUGUCUUCCCUCACUACCCCAGGUAACUGCGGGAGGCCCCGCCAGGACUGAGCCUCCUCCGCAGCCCGCCCUGACCACCAGGAAAACAGGGCACCUGGACAGGAAGAGACUCAAAUGUUUCUCUGACAGCCAGGCCUAGACAGACAGGCCUGGGGACACCAGCCCCACAUAGGCAAGGAAGGGCGGCCCUCUAUGGUCACCCCUCUUCUCCCCUGGCCCCUUCUUCUCAUCACCUCCUCUGUCUCCAUGGUAACCCUGCAGGGCUCCCCUCCUCCCACCACCAGGUCCUCAACAACACGGGAGCUGUCAGGGCAACUGCCAUGCCUCCCCAGACCUUUGCAGGGCCACACCCCUCUCCAUCUAUCAACUCAGAACCCUAGAGGGCUCCAGUUCCCAAUUCAGACUUGAGAGGGGAGUGGGCCAGAGAGGAGACCCUUUAGUCUCAGAGAGGAACCACUGGCUUCUGAGAAAGGAGGUGUUUGGAGACAAGGGAAUGAACAGGAUUUCACCAACCAGCAACCUGGGUGUUGUACUGUCUUUAUUUUUAAAACCACUAAAGUGCAAGAAUUAUUUUGCACUGUUUCUCCACUUAUUUUUGUUUUGUUUUGGGGGUUUUUGGCCUUUUUUUCUUUUAGGUUAUAGUUUCUUUGUUAAAACGUACUUUCUUGGUUUUCUAAUGGUUUUCUAAUGGAGUAGACAGAUCAGCCACUUCACAGACUCUGGCUCCUCUCCUAAAUCCUUCCCGAUGGAGAAAGGCAAGUCGGGGGGGACAGAGGGGAAGGGCACCCCGGCCACCCUGCUCUCCGGUCCCUGGUCACCAGCCUCAGCCCCACCUCCGCCGCCACCACCACGACACGUAGCCCACGUGGAUAGUACAGUUUCCAGACAAGAUUCCCUCAGAUUCCGAGUUGCCUACCGGUUGUUUCUGGUGUUUUGUUUUUGUUUUUGUUUUAAAGACAGCAAUAACCACCGCACAUAUUACUGUAGUCUUUAUUAGUGUUACAUAACGCCAUACCAUAGCUCUGUUCUCUCCUCGUUUUUGUUUUCAACUUAAAAAAAAAAAAAAGCUCAUCUUUACUGGUGAAAAGGAUGGAAAAAUAAACCAACAAACAAAGCAGUUUGUGGAAAAAAAAAAAGCUGGGAAAAAAAUCACCUGAAUGCGGAAGAGCUCGCUCCUGUUUAGUAUUUUGUACUUAAGGAAAUAAAAAGAAAAAAAAAAAAAACCCAGAGGAUCUCACGUUUUAUUAAAAAGUGAAGAUUGCUGUAUACUAUUUAUUCAACUUAUAAUUUAUGUUACUCCUUGAUCUUUGUCUUUUGUCAUGGCAAAGCAUUUAUUUAAUAAAGUUAUGCAUCAGCCA